AUGAGUAAAAGAAGAAUUGAUGAGAUCAGUGAUGACGAAGAUGAUGAUGAUGUGCAAUUAGAUGAUACUUUGCAAUCAAAACUUUAUGUGCCAAAGAAUGCAAAUCUUGAGAUCAACUCCUUGAAAUCAGGCAACGAAACAAUCAUUGAGUCCAACAAAUCUGAUUUCAUUUCUCACAUCUUUGGCCGUGAAGAUUAUACCAACCUUCCUUUGAAACAAGAUCAUGCUUCGAGACCAUUGUGGAUCAGUCCUGAAGACGGCCAUAUCAUCUUGGAGGGGUUCUCGCCUAUUGCAGAGCAGGCACAGGAUUUUUUGGUUGCUAUCAGUGAACCUGUCAGUCGUCCUGCGCAUAUUCAUGAGUACAAAUUAACACCCUAUUCCCUAUACGCUGCAGUCUCUGUAGGCUUGGAAACAGAAGAUAUUAUUGAGGUCUUGAAUCGUCUCUGCAAAGUGCCUGUGCCUGACUCUAUUACGCAGUUUAUUCGUCAGUGUACAUUGUCUUACGGCAAAGUCAAGUUGGUGUUGAAGCACAAUCGUUACUAUGUCGAAUCAUCUCAUCCCGAGACAUUGCAAAUGCUCCUUAAAGACCCCAUUAUCAGCACUGGACGUAUUGUACGCGAUGAAAAUGAUCAAAUUAUCAGUGCGCCUGCUGGAUCUGCUGUGCUCCUCGUCAAUACAAAGCCUACAGGCAAGGAUCUGACAAUUCCUGGCAUCAAAAACCCUACAAAACCGACCGAUGAUGGUAGUGUUGAAAAGAUCAAGGAGCUGACAGCCGAAGAAACCGAGCGUAAGAAGGAGGAAGAAAAGUAUUUUGGCGCAGUUGUUGGCAUUGAUAAGGAAGAUGAGGAGGAUGAUUUUGGUGGUGAACAGGUGCACUCAUUCGAGAUUGCAGCAGAGCAUGUUGAGAAUAUCAAAAAGAGAUGUAACGACAUUGACUAUCCCAUGUUGGAAGAGUAUGAUUUUCGUAAUGAUACCGUCAAUGCCAACCUUGAGAUCGAUCUCAAGCCUACAACCACCAUUCGUCCUUAUCAAGAAAAGAGUCUUUCCAAGAUGUUUGGUAACGGUCGUGCUCGUUCUGGCAUCAUUGUGCUUCCUUGUGGUGCUGGUAAAACGCUUGUUGGUAUUACUGCUGCUUGUACUAUCAAAAAGAGUUGCUUGGUACUGUGUACCUCAUCUGUGUCAGUCAUGCAAUGGAAGCAGCAGUUCUUACAGUGGAGUAGCAUCAAGGAGAACCAGGUUGCCGUGUUUACAUCGGAUUGCAAGGAAAAGUUCUCUGGUGCAUCAGGUAUCGUCAUUUCAACCUACUCAAUGGUUGCCAACAAGCGUAAGCGUUCGUACGAUGCACAAAAGAUGAUGGAGUUCCUAGAAUCUCGUGAAUGGGGUUUCUUGUUACUGGAUGAAGUGCAUGUUGUGCCAGCAAACAUGUUUCGUACUGUAGUCACCACCAUUGCUGCGCAUGCCAAGCUGGGUCUGACAGCCACUUUGGUGCGUGAAGAUGAAAAGAUUGAUGAUCUUAACUUUUUGAUCGGUCCUAAGCUGUAUGAAGCCAACUGGAUGGAUCUGGCGAGCCGUGGUCAUAUUGCCAAUGUACAGUGUGCUGAAGUAUGGUGCCCCAUGACGCCCGAGUUUUACAAAGAGUACCUCUACGAGAAUUCUCGCAAACGCACUUUGUUGUAUGUCAUGAAUCCCAAAAAGUUCCAGGCUUGCCAAUAUCUCAUUGGAUAUCAUGAAAGACGUGGUGAUAAGAUUAUUGUCUUUUCUGACAAUGUGUAUGCUCUUAUUGAAUAUGCCAAAAAACUGGGCAAGCCUUACAUUUAUGGUGGCACGGGUCAGCAAGAACGUAUGCGUAUUUUGCAGAAUUUCCAAUACAAUCCUGCUGUCAGCACCAUUUUCUUGUCCAAGGUUGGCGAUACCAGUAUCGAUUUGCCAGAAGCCACCUGUUUGAUUCAGAUCUCCUCUCAUUACGGUUCCAGACGUCAAGAAGCUCAGCGUUUGGGCCGUAUUCUGAGAGCCAAGAGACGUAACGAUGAGGGUUUCAAUGCUUUCUUUUACUCACUUGUGUCUCGCGAUACACAAGAAAUGUAUUACUCUACCAAGCGCCAACAGUUUUUGAUCGAUCAAGGUUACGCAUUCAAAGUCAUCACCAAUUUGGAGGGCAUGGACAGUGAUCCCAACAUUGUGUUUAGAACACAUCAAGAACAGAUGGAUCUUUUGAAGGCCGUGUUACUCACAAACGAUACUGAUUUGAGAGAUGAAGAGCUGAUCAAUGUGGAUGAUGUGGGCAAGAUUACAGAUCGCAAGGUCGCUGCUAAAAACCGUACAUCAGGUUUGGUUAAGAGACAAGUGACAACCACGCGAACAUUGGCUGGUGGCGAUAAUAUGGCUUAUUUGGAAUACAAUCGUAACUCGGGCGGCCAGUUUUCUGCUGGUCGUGGUCGCGGUAAUGGUGGUGCUCCUCCCAAGGAACAUCACACAUUGUUCAAGAAGUUUAUGGGGAGAAAGUAG